GAGAUAGAUAGAGAGAGAGAGAGAGAGAGAAGGAAGAGGGAAAAAGAUGAAGAGCGGUGCGGUGGGUGGUGGAGGUGGUGGUAUGGGCGCGGUGCCUUCGUACGGAGUUCCGGCGAAACGACGGUGGAGAGGGUUCGUAAUUGCGGUGCUUGGUCUCGUCAUUCUCUCCAUGCUCGUCCCUCUCGUCUUCUUGCUCGGUCUCCAUAACGGUUUCCACUCUUCCGGAUAUGUGUAUGAACAGAGAAAUUCUCCUUCGAAUCAGAAAGGUCUUGAAAGUUAUGACAGACAUGAUGUUGGCCAUAACGAGAAUCAGUCAGAGGGAGAACAAUCAAGUCAUGUGAAGGAACUAAUUACAAAGUUUGAACCUACUCUUCCAAAGGAUGUUCUCAAGAACUAUGCUCAAGGAGGCAAGAAUGACACCAUCAAUAGGGGUGCCAAUGACGAUAAACAAAGAGGUUCUAAGUUGCCACCUGAUGGUGUUCUGCAAUCACCUCCAACUUCAAAUAAUCCAAGAAGUGGUCAUGUUGAAAAAAUCACCAGCCCUAAAACAAGCUCUGCUGAUGAAAGUGGAAAGUCUUGCGAGCUAACAUUUGGUAGUUAUUGCCUGUGGCAACAAGAACAUAGAGAAGAAAUGAAAGAUGCUAUGAUUAAGAAGUUGAAAGACCAACUAUUUGUGGCUAGAGCUUAUUAUCCUAGCAUUGCAAAACUCCCAGCACAAGAUAAAUUGUCUCGCCAACUGAAACAGAAUAUACAAGAGCUGGAGCACAUGCUUAGCGAAUCUACUACAGAUGCUGAUCUUCCACCACUGGUUGAGAAUAAUUCAAAGAAGAUGGAAAUUGCAAUAAACAGAGCAAAAUCAGUCACUGUGGAUUGCAACAAUGUUGACAAGAAAUUGAGACAAUUAGUUGAUUUGACCGAGGAUGAAGCCAACUUCCACAUGAAACAGAGUGCAUUCUUGUAUAAACUUAAUGUUCAGACAAUGCCAAAGAGUCUUCACUGCCUGUCACUGAAACUAACUGUAGAAUAUUUCAAAUCUUCCCAUGAUGGGGAAAAGGCCGAUGAAGAAAAAUAUAUUGAUCCCUCAUUGCAUCAUUUUGUUAUUUUCUCUAAUAAUGUGCUUGCAGCUUCAGUAGUUAUCAACUCCACUGUUUCUCAUGCAAAAGAAAGUUCAACUCAGGUUUUUCAUGUGUUGACUGAUGGGCAAAAUUAUUAUGCAAUGAAGCUCUGGUUCUUAAGGAACAAUUAUAAGGAAGCUACUGUUCAAGUGUUGAAUGUUGAGCAACUUGAGCUGGACAGCCAAAAGGGAAAUCCAUUGCAUCUAUCCUUGCCUGAGGAGUUCCGUGUUUCAUUUCAUGGUUAUGAUAAUCCAUCCACGGACCAGAUUAGAACAGAAUACCUUUCAAUUUUUUCUGAUUCGCACUAUUUACUUCCUGAUAUAUUCAGCAAUUUGAGGAAAGUUGUGAUUCUGGAUGAUGACGUUGUUAUUCAGCAGGACUUGUCUGCCCUGUGGAACAUAGACAUGGGAGACAAAGUUAAUGGUGCAGUGCAAUUCUGCUCGGUAAAGCUGGGUCAGCUGAAAAGUUAUCUGGGUGAGGAUGGUUUCAAUCAUAAUUCCUGUGCUUGGAUGUCAGGGUUGAACAUAAUUGACCUGGUGAGGUGGAGAGAGCUCAGUCUUACUCAAACUUACAAAAGAUUAAUAAAAGAGUUGCGCAUGCAAAAAAGAUCUAUUAAAGAUAUUGCCUGGCGUGCAAGCUUGCUUGCCUUUGAGAAUAAAAUAUAUCCACUCGAUGAGUCGUGGAUUGUGUCUGGACUAGGUUAUGAUUAUACAAUUGAUACUCAGCUCACUAAGACAGCUUCGGUGCUACACUACAAUGGGAAAAUGAAACCUUGGCUUGAUCUGGGAAUUCCGAAGUAUAAAAGCUAUUGGAAGAAGUUUAUGAACAAAGAAGAUCAGCUCUUAAGUGAAUGCAAUGUAAAUUCAUAAUAAGUUAUGGUCCCUGUGUAAGCUUGCAUGUUUUGGGAAUUGUAGGGGUGAGCUCUUAAGAAACAAGAGGAUGCCUGUGCUAUGGGUGCUCAUUUUUCCGAUCUAGUUUCGAAGGGGUUUUUGUUAAGUAAGUGAUAGUGGUGAUGAGCUUAACACACCAGUUAUAAAAUUAAUCAGUCAAUAAGGAACCUGGGAACUUCCCUGCAUUUCUGGUAAAAGGAUCAAGAAGUCUGAGUACCCUCACAGUUUUCAGAUAGCUAAUUGGCGUUGAGGUUUUCCCACUGUGCUGGUGGGCACUACGAAGAUUUAUACAUGAGCAAGGCAGUGAUCCAUGAAAAGAAAAAUAUAAAGACAGUGCAAUUGUUUGUUUCAAGAAAUUUUUAUCCUACAUGAUGUAAAUUAUUCUUAGCUGAGAAACAGGUAGAGCUAUUCCUGGUAGUUUUUUUUAUUAUUCAUAAUUUGCUCAAAGUUUGUUCUUGAUUGAUGACAAGAAUGUUGUCCAACAGCUCUAUAAAAGAAAAAGUAACAAUUUUGUCCU